AUGGCCGAGAUUAACACCCAGAUCUCCCACCCUGCGGUAAGAACCAUGGACAGAGAUCUUGACCACGUUGAAAACGGCCUCAGCAGGGUCCACUCGCCGAGCAAGGAGACUUCAUCAGAACUGCAGCAGGAGAUCACCAUGGAGACCAGAGGACUGGCAGAGUCCAGGCGAAGCUCCUACACCAGCCAGGGGCCUGCUAGGAUGUCUCGCCUGAUCAUCUCACUGCGAGCCUGGACUACCAGGCACUUACACCAUGAGGCCCAGAGAACGGACUCCUUCCUGGAGCGUUUCCGUGGAGCUGAGCUCAAGGAGGUGUCCAGCCGAGAAAGCAAUGCCCAGUCAAAUGUGGGCGGCCAGGAGCCACCAGACAGAGGAAGAAGUGGCUGGCCCCUGGCCAGAAACAACACCAACACCUGCAACAACUCAGAGGAUGACAAGGCGAAAAAGGAGGAGAAGGAGAAAAAGGAAGAGAAAGAGAAAAACUGCUCAAAACAAGAGGAAAACAAGGACAGCGUGGUGGUGGACCCCUCCGGCAACAUGUACUACCGCUGGUUGACUAUCAUUGCUCUGCCUGUCUUCUAUAACUGGUGUCUUCUGGUGUGCAGGGCCUGUUUCGAUGAGCUACAGUCCGAGCACGUGAUGCUGUGGCUGGUCCUGGACUACUCGGCAGAUGUCCUCUAUGGCUUGGAUGUGCUGGUGCGAGCCCGGACAGGCUUCCUUGAGCAAGGCUUGAUGGUCAGGGAUGCCCAGAGGCUUUGGAAGAAUUACACAAAGACCGUGCAUUUCAAGCUGGACAUGUUGUCCCUGGUCCCCACAGACCUGGCUUAUUUUAAGUUCGGUAUAAACUACCCAGAACUGAGGUUCAACCGCCUAUUGAAGUUUGCCCGGCUCUUUGAGUUCUUCGACCGCACAGAGACAAGGACCAACUACCCCAAUUUGUUCAGGAUCGGGAACUUGGUCUUGUACAUCGUCAUUAUCAUCCACUGGAAUGCCUGCAUCUACUUUGCCAUUUCCAAGUUCAUUGGUUUUGGGACAGAUUCCUGGGUCUAUCCAAACAUCUCAAACCCAGAGUAUGGACGCCUUUCCAGGAAAUACAUUUACAGUUUCUAUUGGUCCACCUUGACCCUGACCACCAUCGGGGAGACCCCACCCCCUGUGAAAGAUGAGGAGUAUCUGUUUGUGGUCAUAGACUUCCUAGUGGGCGUCCUGAUUUUUGCCACCAUUGUUGGCAAUGUGGGCUCCAUGAUCUCGAACAUGAAUGCUUCACGGGCCGAGUUUCAGGCCAAGAUUGACUCUAUUAAGCAGUACAUGCAAUUCCGCAAGGUGACCAAGGACUUGGAGACACGGGUGAUCCGGUGGUUUGACUACCUGUGGGCCAACAAGAAGACGGUGGAUGAGAAGGAGGUGCUCAAGAGUCUCCCAGACAAACUGAAGGCCGAGAUCGCCAUCAAUGUGCACCUGGACACUCUGAAGAAGGUCUGCAUCUUCCAAGACUGUGAGGCAGGGCUGCUGGUAGAGCUUGUGCUCAAGCUGCGGCCUGCAGUGUUCAGCCCAGGCGAUUACAUCUGCAAGAAGGGGGACAUCGGGAGGGAGAUGUACAUCAUCAAAGAGGGCAAGCUGGCUGUGGUGGCUGAUGAUGGGAUCACCCAGUUCGUGGUCCUGAGUGAUGGGGGUUACUUUGGGGAGAUCAGCAUCUUAAACAUCAAGGGGAGCAAGUCAGGGAACCGCAGGACAGCCAACAUCAGGAGCAUCGGCUACUCAGACCUGUUCUGCCUUUCCAAGGAUGAUCUGAUGGAGGCUCUCACCGAAUACCCGGAAGCCAAGAAGGCCCUGGAGGAGAAGGGACGGCAGAUCCUGUUGAAGGACAACCUGAUUGAUGAGGACCUGGCCAAGGCCGGAGCAGACCCCAAGGAUAUCGAGGAGAAGGUGGAGCACCUGGAAUCCUCCCUGGACACCCUGCAGACCAGGUUUGCACGGCUCCUGGCUGAGUAUAACGCCACCCAGAUGAAAGUGAAGCAGCGUCUCAGUCACCUGGAAAGCCAGGUGAAGAUCUGUGGGAGUGACCCUCGGUCUGACGGGGGUGCUCCUGGGGAGGCUGAGAAAACAGAGACCAAACAAGAGUGA